ACAUUGAGAGGGAUCUUUCCUUGAGAUGUAGAGGGCGAAGCCAAUGAGGUUGACAGCAUUGUUAGAAGCGGUCCAAGUCCGGAAUGGGUCAGCCAAAGGAUUUGAGCUGGUUGUACUCUGAUCGUCGUCCCUCCUGUGCUCCUGUUCUAAACGCUUUCCUUGCCGUUUCCUGUAUUCAGCUGUGCGUCGUCGUCCUUUGCGUUGUGCGUGCAGGGAGUGGAGGCUGUGCGCUUGUCAAGAGAGGGUUGUAGAAACAGACGCGUUCUGGGUUCCAUACUAAACAUGGCGCCCUUAACCAAGUCCAGUGUUUAUUUUACACACAACUUUUCUUAGCGACAAACAAAAAAAGCUGCACUCUUCCACUUACAACAAUGAUCCUCAACAACUCAUACACCAUUAUUACCGGCACAAGAUCAAAGAUCUGUCUUGAAUAUACCCCACCAGCGACCUGAAUUUUGAAGCAGAAGAGUACUCCUCGUGUUCUUUUUUUUUUUUCAGAUGGAGCCAGGAUAUUCAUCUGAGCAGGAUGAUUACGCCGGAUCUACCAAUUCCAACAUACCGACCGCUCAGUACCAUCCGCAUUAUCCUAAACCGCCAGUGCUCUCGUUUCGUUCGUUCCAUGAGCGUCACUUCUCGCUUUUUCAACGGCAAGCGUUUUUCGCCACUGCGCCUGCAACGUGCUUGCCAGCGUUCGGUCAACAGUUCAACUACUCCCAACACGAAUACGUAGGGACUCCAACACCUGACGAUACCGUCACGAGCCAUUCCUAUCAGAGCACUCUCCAUGGCAAUGUCGAAGAGGAAGUUGGUUACACGCAAGCAGGACUGAACGGAGGCGAGAGUCCAGACGAUGUUACCAGCCCAGUCGCCGAGUCGUCGUGGCCUCAAUUAAGCAAAGAAGCGAUCGAGAUUUUUGAAUUUUCAAGGCGGUUUCGACAGCAGAAGGCAGAGGCGGCCAUACUGGAACAGGCACAGAUGAAAAAGCGGAGGAUAAAGAGAAGGAAGCUGACGAAGCUUGGGUUUGCAGCCGGAGAGGGCGAUAGCGGAGCAGAGGAGGGUGACGAGGUACAGGACGGAGAUGACGGUGCUCAGAGGAAUGGACAGGGUGAGGACGAGGACAAGGAUGGGGCAGACGAUCAGGAAAGUGCUGAGGAGCAGGAUCAAGUAGAAUUGCCGGCCACGGAUACCACAUUCAUGACCCAGAGCGCUAGGCGGACUGCACGGCUACGUCAACGAUUGUAUGGACAGGAUCAGGAUGCAUCUGCAACUGAAAAAAUUCAGACGUUGGAUGUGCUGGGAGAGCUCUUGAAUCAGACCUACAGGGACAGUUUGAUAUCAGCCACGUCCAACGGAGAAAAUACCAGCAACAAGAGUAAACAACAAGGUCGACGAACACAAGUCGUCUACUGGCCAGGAAUGCCUCUACGCUGCUAAUAAGGUAUGGGCAUGACAAGAUAAACGAUAUGGAACUAGGUCUUUGGAUUGACAGAUUUCACGAUGAUGAUGACCUUUCAUCCUUGUUCUCGAAGGAGUGCCUUGUGCAUUCUGAAAGGAAGACAAACCAUGAUAUGGCCAAAAAUAUCACUUUCUGAGUGAGAUCUUUCUCGAUCCUAGGUUUCCUUAUGUGGUGUCUUGCUACGGAAAAAAAAAUCUGCUUCACUGAACACUAACAUUCUUGUAAUGGUGCCUUUUGA